AUGUCUAAUAAGUACUUUCUCCAUGAUAUGGUCAUCAAAAUAUUGCUAAACCUUCCUGUCAAACCUCUUGUAAAGUUCAAACUUGUCUGCAAAUCAUGGCGUUCUCUAAUUGAAGAUCGCCAGUUCAUCAAACAACACCGUGAUCGAUGCCAACAUGAUGUAAAUUGUCACAAAAUCCUUUUGGCUAGCUGGAAGCGGUUACCUCGAUGCGAUGACUUUGAGGGGAAAAUGGUAGUAGAUGAUGACGGAUUUGUUUAUAUGAGCACGUAUGAGUAUGCCAGCAACAAGAGCAUUAUUCAAUGUAUGUGUUUGAAAAAUGAAAAUUUUGAAGAAAUAUCGUUUCCAGAUGCAGGGGUGAAAAAUCCAGUUCUAUUUAUCGCGGGAGAAAAUCUCUUGCUUAUGAAUGAGACGAUUGAUUCGCUAGUUUUGUACAAGGUUUAUGAUUCAAAAAGACAAAAGUUGGAAAAAGCUAGAAUUGAGGUGCUUGAACAAGUUAAAGCUGAUGUGCUUGAAUCAUCACAACCUUAUUUUGGUCAAGAAUAUGUUGCACUAGCAUGUGUGGAGACAUUAAUCUCUCCUAAUGCUCUAUAG